UAUUUUGAAGGCGAGCGACGGAUGUUUGGGGCGCGAAGACCCCCGCAUGCUUGCUGACAGCAGCAUCGGGAGAAGGAAGAAGAGCAAUCAACGCCCUCCUCGCUCCAGCCAUCCAUCCAUCCUUUUCAGGGCACCGACUCGUCUUCCGCACGUCAGGCUGCGCAGGUGCCGCCCCAAGCAGUCCACAGGUGCAAAUUGAGUCCUGAGGCAAGAUGGCCUGUUAACGCGCGCAUAGAACCAAAACAGGAGCGACAUGCCACCGCCUUCCUCCUCUUCCUCCCUUUGCCUCCUCGUCGUCGUCGUUCUCCUGCAGACCUCCUCCAUCGCGUCGGCUGACAGGCGCUUCGGUUGCCUGUUCCAGCGAGAGCUGUGUACGCCGUUCGAGCUGUGCGUCAACGACGGGAUGUUCGGGAGGUGUCACUCCGUCCCGGUGAGCGACGUUUACGCUUACGACGUCACCCCACCCGUCGUGCAACAUUUUCGGCUGCUGCUGGACAAGAUGGCCGCUGCGGGCUUGGCGUGGCAGGACGACACCAGCCAGCAUGUUCUGGCCAAAGAACUCUCCAAAGUCAGGAAGAUUCCUCAGCGGCCGUUCGCCAACGCGGACGGCAGGCCGGCGACCGAAGGGGCGGAGCUUAGCCAGAACCUGCAGACGUACCACCGGCGUCUCAGCCAGAGCCCAUCAGCGGAUCAGCUCAGAGUUCUCCUGAAGGUCCUGAGUCAGCUGCCCACCGCCUCAGCCCGCCUCGGAGACGUCCACCGCCACGGAGCAGACGCUUGGCCCCUCAGGAACUUCAAACUCAAAACCCCAGGAGCUUCUGCCAAGAAGCCUCUCACGUUAGUUGACGAAAAGUUCAUCCGCAACGUGUUGAAGAACAUUGGCAGGCAGCACUUGGACAUGGACGACCUGACGCCGCACGACGUGGAGCGGCUGUCCAACCUCAUCGUAGACGCUUUGCUAGUGGUGGACAAGGACGGGAGCGUAGACCGGGAUGCCAGCGCAGACCGGAACGGGCUCCGAGAUUUGGCGGGCAAAGAGGAGGGGCAGAAGAAGGAGGAGAUUGUGGAGGAAGCUCCAACUCGGGACCCACCUCAAGAAGACCAAUCACUGACUCACCGCGACAAUGUGAUGGACAAGGCUGGCGGCGAAAACGUUUUCAGCAAACUUCUGGCCUACUUGGACCAAGGAGCCGCUUCACCGGCUUCUCCUCCUCGUCGGUCGGGCCCAGAGAGCGUGUUGGUGGAAAAGAAGGAUACCGCGGUGGAGGAAGUGUCGGAGGUGACGGGCUGGCUGAAGGAGGUGGCCCCGCCUCCGACCGCCCCCAAAGACCAGCAAAGGCCUCCCAAGAUGCCCGAGGAACUCCAGCUUGACGUCAAGGAGGCCAGCGGCAAAGAAGCCGGCAACGUUUUUGGCUAUGUCAUCACCGACACCGACCUCCAGACGGACCAAGGGCUCCACAUGAUGGAGAUCCUGGCUCGCAUGGCCACCAUCAAGAUCACAGACUUGGCUGAGUUGUCGGUGGUGGGCCCGGCAGUGACCUUCAAGGUGAAGACCAACCGACAAAACGUCAGCACGGCCGACGUGGUGCAAGUUGCUGCGGAACGGAAAGCGUCGCUGGAGAAGGAGGCCAAGCUGGGCAUCCUGGAGACAGGAGUCGCAAAUGGCGACGAGAUCUCGGCCAUCCCGGGCAAGUACAGCCGGGCCGAGUCGGCCAAGUUCCUGGCCCUGACAGUGGCGUCCAUCUUGUGCAUGGCGGGUGUGCUGCUGGUGUCGGGCGUGCUUUACUGCCUGCGCCACAGGUCGCACCACAAGCUCAAGGAGAAACUCGGCGGCUUGGGAGCGGACGCUGCCGCCACGCAAGACGCCACCGCCACCUACCAGGAGCUCUGCCGUCAGCGUAUGGCGGUCAAGCCGGCGGCAGACCGUUCCGAGGCGACGGCGUCCAGGAUCAACAGCGUGUCUUCGCAGUUCAGUGACGCCGCCUCGGCCGUCAGCCCGUCAGCCCGAAGCAGCCUUUCGUCCUGGAACGAGGAGCCCACCCAGCCCAACAUGGACAUCUCCACUGGCCACAUGAUCCUGUCGUACAUGGAGGACCACCUGAAGAACAAAGACCGCUUGGAGAAGGAGUGGGAGGCGUUGUGCGCCUACCAGGCUGAGCCCAACGCCCGCACGGCGGGCCUGAAGGACGCCAAUGCCAAGAAGAACCGCUCGCUCACCGUGGUGGCCUAUGAUCAUUGCCGCAUCACCUUGCGCCUGGAGAACAGUCAAGGCAGUUCGGACUACAUCAACGCCAGCCCCAUCAUGGACCAUGACCCCCGUAACCCGGCCUACAUCGCCACGCAGGGCCCGUUACCGUCCACCGUGGCCGACUUCUGGCAGAUGGUCUGGGAGAACGGCUGCGUGGUGAUCGUCAUGCUUACGCCGCUGGUGGAAAGCGGCGUCAAGCAGUGCUACCACUACUGGCCUGACGAGGGCUCCAACCUCUACCACAUCUACGAGGUCAACCUGGUGUCGGAGCACGUCUGGUGCGACGACUUCCUGGUGCGAAGCUUCUAUCUGAAAAACAUGCAGAGCAACGAGACGCGCACCGUCACGCAGUUCCACUUCCUGACCUGGCUCAACCGCAACGUGCCCGAGAGCGCCCGUAGCCUCCUGGACUUUCGCAGGAAGGUGAACAAGUGUUACCGCGGCCGCGCCUGCCCAAUCAUCGUGCACUGCAGCGAUGGCGCCGGCCGCAGCGGGACGUACAUCCUGAUGGACAUGGUCCUCAACCGCAUGGCCAAAGGCGCCAAGGAGAUGGACAUGGCGGCCACACUGGAGCACCUGCGAGACCAACGGCCCGGCAUGGUGCAAACCAAGGACCAGUUUGCGUUUGCCUUGACAACGGUGGCUGAAGAAGUCAACGCUAUCCUCAAAGCGCUUCCUCAGUAGGAAGGCAAGGCGCCAGCCCUCAUCGACUGUGUCCUUCCUCUUCCUCAUCUUUGUCGUCUCACUUUUCCACACACACAGUUAUUCCAAUGAAGUUUUUCUUUACUUCCAUAGCUUGAAGUUCUCCCUCCCUUUCAUUUUGGGUCUCUCAGUGACCAAGACACAAAUUGAGUGUUUUCAAUUGGAUGGAACGCAUUUGGAGUUUGGUGACAUUUUGAUAGUGACCCUUCAACUUUUUUUUUUUUUUUCUCCUUUGUGAGUUGAGCCAAAAUGUGUCUGGGCAUUUAUCAAUCAAAUGAGACAAAUGAAAAGACUCGCAAGGAAAUGCUGUUGGCCACAGCUCACAGCCAGACGCUCACACGCAGAUGAACCGACUCCGGGUUGUGACGACACUCACUAAGCCCCGCCCCUUUGAUGUUGUACAGCACUUGAAUCAUUUCUUUACAGCCUCACGUUCUCCCCUGACUAAAUGUGUGUGGCUUUAAAAGGCGGGGCCUGGCUUAGUGGGAGCCAGCGCUCGUUGCCAAAUGGCAAGAUUGCAGAAAGUCUGCGAGAUAAAAUGGGUCUAGGCAGGUCAAGGAAGCGCCAUGUGACGUUUUCAUGCCUCCCAGCAAACGGACAUGAUGUCCUAUGUAGCAUUUAUGGUUGACGCCAUGCCAAUCGUUUGAUUCGUUUCCUUUUUGGUCUUGUGCUUCACUUCCAGAAACGACGUUUUUACUGUAGUUGUGCAAAAAUCCAUGUGGUAGCUGUCCGAGCAUCAUUAUCAGUAUAUGAUGUGUCAAAUGAGAAUCAAAAUUAGGGCCCACGUUUAUUCAACACCUCGUCCGAUAUUAAAGCUUUACAAUGUGAAGAAAAUUGACUGAUUGCCACCACGCACAGCUUACUAAUUAACACCUGACAAAGAUGACAGUAAAAAAAAUGUAUUCCCUUGUCCAAUUUUUCAUGAUAGUUGUAAAAUAAUGUUUUGCCUGCACUACAUAACUAUAUUGUUGUGAAUGUGUAAACAUCGGAAUUGGCCUCCAAAAUCCAGACGGAUUGGGUGGGCCCGAAUACAUAUGUUCUUGCAGGCUUUUUGUCAUGGCUUAGUUUUGGACGUGCAAAAAUGCCCUUGGUUGUGUUACUGCUGCUGUUUUUGAUUGUUAGCCGUCUCUCUGACUUGACUGAUUUCUUGCACCUGCCGAAUGAGUCAGCAAACACGCACGCAGAAAAGACGAGCCCACAAAUGCAUCCCAAAGGUUCAAUCAUGAGAUUUUCACUUGACGUUUGCCACUACAAAUACACUUAUGAAAACACACACACACAUUGUACAGCGAAGCAACGCAAGCUGCUUUAUUCUAUAUAGGUGUCAAUAAAGUUCUAAUGUCAAAAUCCUUCA